GACCAGGACCUGUCAGGACCUGUCACAGCCUUUGCUUCGCCUAAAAAGAGGGGUAUGCUGCUAUUAUGCACUCAAUUGCACUUCUCCUUCCCCUACUUCGACAAAUUGACUACACACGCACCAUAGGUAAAUUUGCUGGUCAAAUUGACUAUCUGCAUUCUCGAAGACCGCAUUACUGCAUUAUCAUAUUUCAUCUCAUACUAUUAUCCUCACAUUAUCCGGACUUUUCCCCUCACCUAUAAAGCGCGGACUCCUGUUCAUGUCGAAUCCAUCGCCUAUAUUGCGCUUGCUCUCCGCAUUUGUGCUAUUCUCAACUCUGCUCGCAGUUGCGGCUGCCCCGGGGGCUGUAAGAACGAAACCAACGACUCCACAACGCUAUUCUCCAAUCAGUCCUCCUAAGACUCCUCCUAAGGCUUCUUCUCAGGUCGUUAAAUUGGAGCCACAACCCAUGAACAUCAUGCUCAUACGUGAACGACGUAAGCAGAAGGGCCCCACCACCAUCAUUCAAUCCACGUCUAGAUACUAUAAGUCUGUGCAAAAAGCCGACGCUGAUAUGGAGACGUGGGCCUUGAAUUUCGGAGGCAGGGGAUAUCGAUUUAUAUUGUUAUCGCCUGAUGGAAAAUGGAAGACCACGCAGCUUACUUACAAACCCUCCGACGGGAUAAUGUUAGGAUCUCUCGUAUUGACAAACGAGUCGAAGGAGGCCUUGUUCAAGCUAUUGGAUACUGUGGAGCUUCCUGAUCAGCCUAAUUUGCUUCUUCUCGACUAUUUAUUAGCACGGGUAAAAAACUUUUCAUUGUCCAAGGAAGUGAAGUUGGAUCUCACUAUGAAGGGGCUCUGGUUGCAAUACAUGCGAGAUCUGUUAUUCCAGGGCGGAAACGGAAUAGGAGGCAGAGUUACAAGGAAGGUUGAACAGAACUACUUGGGGAUAUUGAACGAGCCACGUUUCGAGUUGCAGCAAUUGAGGGAUUCACCAGAGUGGGAGGAGGCUGAAACGGAGAUGCAACAGGAAUACGGGAAGGUGAUUUAAGGAUUGUACUCUUCAGGUGUAUCAGAGUCCGCAAUUCCAUCUUAUCAUGAUUUCCCUUUGGGACAAGUAGCACAAACUCCAAGUACAUAUAGCACAAAAGAACCGUGGUGACAACAUUAAGUAUACUUGACCUCUUCCGAAUCCAGUUCCUCACUCUCAGUCUAUAGUACCUCCUCGACUCAAAGUGUCAAGAGGGUGCCUUCGGAACACUAUCUCAAUAGCCUUUCAGCCCACUCCAAUCCUGACUCUGACCUCCCCCGUCCUACCUUCUCACUCUCCAUCGGGGACCGUAUGUAAAUCGUCAGAUCCCUAUCCAUUGAUCGGGAGUUUGGAGGAGCCUAAAGGAGGG